UUGUGUGUCGAGUCCUCACCCUCCCAGUCAGUCAGCGGGGGGUACAGACCGGCUGUGAGGAACACUCAGAGAGAUUGGUGUGGUGAACACCAUGGAUCGCGGCGACUGUCUGUUCAGCGCCGUGGUGGUGCUGCCGCUCUUCUUCUCUCACGUGGCACUCCGAGCGCGCGGCGACGACCGGCCCGAACACUCCGGCUCUCAGUCGUAUAACGGUUCGCGAAGCUCGACCUACAUCGGAGACUACUGCCUGACGGUGUGCAGUGGCAUCCUUCAGCAUGCCUUCUGCAACACCACCUCACACCGGUGCGAGUGCAGCCGGGAGUACCCGGUGGUCAUCGACAGCCUGUUCUGCGAGAAAGCGGUGCACCUGUCGGAGCAGUGCCGCUAUGACAAAGUGUGCGCCUUCUCCGACCUCAACGCUGAAUGCCGCGCUGACCCAGGUGACCCUACACCGGUCUGCCGGUGUCGCGAACACUACAAGGCCACGCCGUUCCAGGCCGACUCCGGUCACCUGUACUGUGUCAAAGACCCGCUGUCGGAGCUGCUGGAGCCAGACACACCCACUGUGCUCGGUCUGCUCAUGGGCCUGACUGUGAUGAGCUGCCUCAUCUGUCUCGUGCUGCGGCUCUUCUACCGGGCUCGCCACGCCCGAGCCAGGGGCUACGGCGACGCCAGCCUGCCGCCGCCACUCUCACUCUCAG